AUGACUGUAGAGCAAUACUCCGCCAGAUUCAUGGAGCUAGCUCGGUUUGCAGCCAAUCUUAUCCCUGACGAAGAAAGGAAAGCAAAACGAUUCGAGAAUGGCCUCAACCCUCGCAUCAGAGAAAGGGUGAUUUGUCUGGAAAUAAAGGAAUACGCCAGAUUGGUAGAAGUGGCGUCCCUAGCUGAAAGAGGAAUACGAGAAUCAGCAGCUGCGUAUGAAUUGAAGAAAUGUUCGAAACAACCGAUGACGCGCCCCAUCAAGAGGCAGGCUGUUGGAAGUGGCUCCAAGCCUACCCUGGGAAAGAAUUUUUCGAAUCGGAAGGCCGUCUGCAGCAAAUGCGCAAGGAUGCACAUAGGGGAUUGUAAGCAAGGAGCAUCCACAUGUUUUAGAUGUGGUAAGCCUGGGCAUUUUCUGAAGGACUGUCCUAUGAAUACUGCGGGAGGAGCGAAACUUCAAGGAAGCGGAACUCAAGCGCGGGUGUAUUCUCUUAUGCCCGGAGGAGAAGAAGGAGUCGAAGGUGACGAAGAGGUGCGGAUGUGCAUGACUCCUCGACCCUUGAACCAAAACAUAACUGUAUCCACACCUACUGGGAAUAUAGUUACUUGUAUGAAAUCCAUUGAGAACUGCCCUAUCGUCAUAAGAGAUAGAGUUCUACCGGCAAACCUAGCUGUAUUUCAAAUGUUAGGUUUUGAUGUAAUUCUAGGAAUGGACUGGUUGUCAAAGCACUAUGCCAAUAUCGACUGUAGAAAGAAAGAAGUUGUCUUUCGCUCUCCAAGCGAAGAGGAAUUCAAAUUUUGUGGAUCUCGAGUAUGA